AUGAAGUUCACCGCCGCCAUCGCCGCCCUGCCCGUCCUCCUGGCCGCGGCCCACUCCACGGCCCGCGACCCGCACGAGUUCCUCGAGCUCAACCUGCCAGAGCCGCACAACUACGUCGCUUCGCCCAUCUUCGCCGGACAGGAGCUCAGCAAGUUCACCGCGCGCGCUGAGGGCGACGCCUACACCGAGGAGGCGUGGAGCGAGCACGCAAAGAGGCUCUGCUACGACACGCCCGCCUGCACGACGGUCAACUCGUACCUCUUCGGGCCUUCCGGUGCGUUGAACGGGACCGGGGAUGAGACGUACUGGUUCGCAUACCUGUAUGCCGGGCCGACCUCCAACAUCAACGACUGGGUUCACUUUGACGCUCCCAUCUCUCACCAGCGCAUUUUUACCUCCAUAGUCCACUAG